AAGGACAAAAAACAGAGCAAAAAUAUUGGGACAUGUCUCAACAGAGACGCGCAGCAGAUUUACAGCCACUAUCACCGAAACCAAAUCGGGGCCUCUCCGUAUCAAACUGCUUGGGUCUUCCUCCUCCCACGUCCCUGUCGCGGUUCACAGGGAGAGCCGUGGCAGCACGUUUUUCCUAAUCCUCUUCCUGUUCUACUUCUACCCAUUUGUUCAGCUAAUACGCUCCACUUCCGUCGCUUCAACGGCACGGGAGAUAAUUUCUACCCAGCCAGGCUGCCAAUCGAAGUCCUCGCUUGGCUUGCUGUAUCUCCCAUCCUGAUUCCGCGAGAUUCUUGGCGAUUCUGCUACUGAUUUUUUUUGAGUUCUUGAAAUUUCUUGUACGAUUGUCAGUAGCCAACUGCUGAUACAAAGAUCUUAGCUUUUCUAGUCCCUUUCUGUGACCUUGCCAAAGAAUUUGGUGUUUUUUUUUGUUUGUGUGUGCACAAUUUCGUCCACUACAGCUCAAGAAUCUGCUGUUUUGGGAGAUUGACCAUGGGCGGCGGCGGCGCUAACGACCGCUUCGCGGGGGCCAGCGACCCGCUGCUCCCCACGAAGCGGGAUGGGGACGAGGACGACGCCGGUGCCUCCGCGUUCCACGAGUUCGACGGCGCCUCCUUCGCCGGCGCGGUGUUCAACCUCUCCACCACCAUCGUCGGCGCGGGCAUCAUGGCGCUACCGGCCACCAUGAAGGUGCUCGGCCUCGUCCCCGGGCUCGUCAUGAUAGUGCUCGCCGCGCUCCUCACCGACGCCUCCAUCGAGCUGCUCGUGCGCUUCAGCCGCGCCGUGGGGGCGCGCUCCUACAGCGCGGCCAUGGGCGACGCCUUCGGAUGGUGGGGCAGGAGGCUGCUCCAGGUCUGCGUCGUCAUCAACAACGUCGGCGUCAUGGUCGUCUAUAUGAUCAUUAUUGGUGACGUGCUUUCUGGAACCACUUCUGGUGGUGAGCAUCACUAUGGUGUGUUAGAAGGAUGGUUUGGAAUACACUGGUGGAAUGGGCGUUUCUUUGUUCUCCUUGUUACAACCCUUUGUGUUUUUACUCCACUAGCAUGCUUCAAGCGUAUUGAUUCACUGAGCUAUACAUCCACAAUAUCUGUUGCUUUGGCGGUUGUAUUUGUUAUUAUUACUGCAGGAAUUGCUAUCAUCAAGUUGAUAGGUGGACAAAUUCCAAUGCCCAAGUUGUUUCCCACUCUUCCUGAUUUGGCAUCUGUUUGGGAACUUUUUACAGCAGUGCCGGUUCUUGUCACCGCUUAUGUUUGCCAUUACAAUGUUCACCCAAUUCAUAAUGAGCUAAAGGACUCUUCCCAGAUCAAGCCAAUAGUGCACACAUCAUUGACACUAUGCUCGACUAUCUACAUCACAACAAGUUUCUUUGGAUAUCUCCUCUUUGGUGAAUCUACACUCUCUGAUGUGCUCUCUAACUUUGAUUCAAAUCUUGGGAUCCCAUACAGUUCAGUUCUAAAUGAUGCUGUCAGAGUGAGCUAUGCUGUUCACCUUAUGCUUGUGUUCCCAAUGAUAUUCCAUGCAUUGAGGCUUAAUUUGGAUGGGCUCCUCUUCUCCUCUGCAAGGCCUCUGUCUUCUGAUAACAGAAGAUUUGGCAUAAUGACAGCAUUGCUCCUCCUAGUAAUUUUUGGGUCUGCAAUCUUCAUUCCUAGUAUUUGGGAUGUCUUUCAGUUUACUGGGGCAACUGCUGCUGUCUGUAUUGGCUUUAUUUUCCCAGCCGCGAUCACUUUAAGGGAUCCACAAGGCAUUGCAAAGAAGUGGGACAAAAUUCUAGCGGUCUUCAUGAUUGUUCUUGCUGUUGUAUCAAAUGUAGUAGCUGUCUACAGCGAUGCCUACAAAAUAUUCCACAAGAAAAGUGCUCCUUCCAAUGCCUGAAUUGGGGAGUCCUGGUCUGACUCAAAUCGCGUUGAGUUUCGCGUGUGUAUCUACACACUGGGGCUGAAGAGUUGCACAAACUGAAGUGCUUCUGUACAGUAAAAGCAAUUGUAUCAAAUGUCAAAUUAUAGAGUUAUACGAUCAUGAUGACUUGUUUUUGAAAAUUGUGUUGGAUGUGAAGUAACCAUCGAUAUCACUU